AUGGAGUUCCACGUCAAACAGCUUCACAAGGACGAGGACGUCCGGCAGGAUGCAUCCCUGUUGAGUACGACAGCCUGGCAGGAGUACAGGCUCCUGACGUCCGUCAGCACGCCGGUGUUCGAUCGCAAAGGGAAUCGCAACAAUCGGACAAGAAUAGCGAAUCUACUAGGUGUGGCGGGCACGGAUGUACCAAUUGACGACAUCCGAAAGCUCACGUUGCCAUACAAGCUAGGCGUGAAUGGAUACGCCUUUAUCGUGUCCAACAACGGAUACGUGAUACUGCAUCCGGACUUGAGACCCGUAUACAAAGGCAAAUUGAAGCUGAAUUACAACAGCAUCGACCUAACAGAGGUGGAGAUCUUGGACGACGGCCGUGGCCCAAGGUAAUUUGAUUAAAUCCUCUUCUUCUUUAAAUGCAUGUAAAGAACCUGCCGUGAAGAAAUUUAACUUUGAAUUUUAAGAUUAAAUUUUAAUUAAUUUAACCUUGAAUUCUAAAGUUGAAUUUCAAUUAAUUUAACUUUGAAUUUUAAGGUUAGAUUUCAAUUAA